AUUUCGCUCUCUCUUUCCUCAGAGACAGAAGCAACGCGGAGAAGGAAGUGAUUUGAGAGCACAGCCACCACCAUGAGCCUCCUCAACAAGCCCAAGAGUGAGAUGACCCCAGAGGAGCUACAGAAGCGGGAGGAAGAAGAAUUUAACACUGGUCCACUCUCUGUGCUCACACAGUCAGUCAAGAACAACACCCAAGUGCUUAUUAAUUGCCGCAAUAACAAGAAACUCCUGGGCCGGGUGAAGGCCUUUGAUAGGCACUGCAACAUGGUGCUGGAGAAUGUGAAGGAGAUGUGGACUGAGGUCCCCAAAAGUGGCAAGGGUAAGAAGAAGUCCAAGCCAGUCAACAAAGACCGCUACAUCUCCAAGAUGUUUCUGCGUGGGGACUCGGUCAUUGUGGUCCUGCGGAACCCACUUAUUGCUGGCAAAUAGGCCCUCUUCCCCACUGACAGCUUGCUCCCCCGUCUUGUGAAGGCCUGCUCUUUGUGAUGGGAAUAAUAAAGCCCUGUGGUUUUUUUUCUAGU